AAACUUGAAUUAUGACCGAAAAUAAGGAUAAAAUUGUCGACAAGGACAAGGAUAAGAAAGCCGAGUGUGAGAUGGUAAGAGAAAAGGAUAAGGACAUCGAAGCACAAGAUAAGGAUGUUCAUCAUUUGGAGAAAACAGCAAAAGAACAGCUAGCAAAAAACGAACAGCAGUCACAUCCCCAGCAUGACAGAGCCCUCCACAAAGAUGACUAUGGCACCCAGCGUGUCUACAAGAAAACCUCACCCAAUUGUGUUUUAACUCUCUACUUGCCUUCACGUGAAAUUACAUUGUCUGGCAGCAGUCCCUCAAUAUUGCGUGGCAUUGUAUUUGUUGAUCCAAAGGCCAUACAGGGAUAUCGUGUCUAUGCGCAAUUGACACUAACAUUUCGUUACGGCCGUGAGGAUGAGGAAGUGAUGGGCUUAAGGUUUUGUAAUGAGGCCAUAAUGUCGUUGCAUCAAAUAUGGCCGAGAAAUGAAGAGCCCAGCAAGGAGUCAUUAAGUCCCUUACAGGAAGCUCUGUUAAAACGUUUAGGCGAUGGUGCUCAUCCCUUCACUCUGACAUUGACAGCUCAGGCACCACCCAGCGUACAAUUGGUGCCAGCCAAACGUUACUAUGGUGCCCCCAUUGGCACCAGCUACGAUGUCAGAUGUUUCAUUGCUGACAAAUCCGAUGAGAAAUUCCACCGGCGAGCUUCUGUCAAAAUGGGCGUUAGAGUUAUUUAUCGUACGGAUGUUUUCAAUCAUGGCAUUGGUGGUCCGGAAAAUUUCGCCGCCUUAGUCAAUAAUCCGGUAUCCUCACCACCUCCCCAAGCUACAACUAUGACCUCAACAAAUACUCAUUCUACUAUAGCUUCCUCUCUCAGUACUCAUACCACCAUCAGUGAAACUCAAUCCGACCCAGCGGCUCACCAUCAGCAGCAGCAACAACAACACCACCAUCUACAUGAAGCCGCCAGUGCUGAGACUUCUUUGCAGGCCACAAAUGCACAUGAAACACGUUCUUUCGCUAAAGUUCGCAAGUCGGAUAGAGGUGAUUCCUUUCCCAAAUUACGUUUGUCUCCGAAGACAUUUCGUUUCAGUAAUCGUUUUGGACGCAGCAAAAGUGAGGUGGAGAAGUGUCCCAAUGAUCCGUUUCAUAAUUAUAGUAAAUCGUUUCAAGAGUAUGACAGUGUUUGCACCACUAAUUUAAGUGGUGGGCCUCAGGGUGCUGUAGACAAACCUUUCCUGCUGCAAGACGGUCGUGUGGGUUUACGUGCAAGUUUGGAUAAAUCCUGGUAUACGCAUGGUGAAGAUGUGUGUGUCACCAUCAAUAUACGCAAUGACAGCAGAAAGACUGUGCGGAAAGUUCGAGUCUGUGCCAUCCAACAUGUGGAUGUCUGCAUGUUUAACAAUGGUAAAUUUAAGAAUGUGGUAGCUGACUCUGACAAUGUCUCACCGCCACCCGUAGACCAGCAUGUGGCCCCCGGCACUACUCUUAAUACCACCGUGAUUUUAAAGCCUCAACGUGGAGCCACCAAAAAUUGGAUCGCCUUAGAAGAUACACUACAGCGAAGCACCGAACCAGAUGAAAUAACAGCCGAUAUAGCAGCCUCUGCUUUACGCACUCCCCAUUUUCUUAUGCAAGCCAAUCACUCGCCCAAUAAAUGCUCAAGUCCUGGUGUUCUUAUACCUCCCACCGCUUUAACAGCUGCUGUCACUCAUGCCCCCACCAACAGCGAUGAACGUAAUGUUUUCGCCAUUUAUGUUUCUUACUAUGUAAAAGUCAAACUAACUUUGUCUGGAAUGGGUGGGGAAUUGUCCCUCAAGCUGCCCUUUUUACUAGUGCAUAUCGAUGAAGAGCAAAGAUUGAAACAUGAAAAGCAAAAGAUAAAACUAGAAGAAGUGCCUGCCCACAGGAGGAAUAGUAAGGCCGCAAAAUCUCCAGAACAUCAGAAACAACCUUCCCAGGAGUACUCAUUGCCCUCAAGUCUGGAUCGCAUUGAGUCUCUAGAAGCUGACAAUGUGCAUAUUAAGGUUACUCAUGUCAGCAGCUGUGAAGGUGAUGGUGUGGUAGAGGCCUCCAUACAGGCAGAAGCUGAAGAUGAAAUAGCUGAGGAACCUCAGCCUUCUACUAGUUUGGCCCUUCGUCGUCGCCGACAAUCCUUUAUGCGCUGUGAAAGUAUAGAUCAUGGCUUGGAGGAUGAUGUGGUAGUAGCGAAACCUGUGGAUUUAGAGCAAGUGUUGCAUGUGGCUCAAGUACACAGUGAAUCGCAAGCUGAAGAGCAAUCAGAGCAAACAGAUAUUGGUGGCAGUAAGUCAUGA